GGGAAUUGCUGUCUUGUGUGUGACUGGGUGCAGUAAGGAGUGUAUGUGAUGUGUGUGUGAGCAUGCGCGUGAAGGAAACGCGGGGAGCGAAAGAGGGAAAAGAGAGUGAGAGAGUGUGUCAUGGGUAGAGAGGGCGACCGGGAGCAGCGUUCUAAUGGGCUACAGGCUAUGCAGUGUGUUUUCGAAGUGUGCAGUACUGUUAUUAAAAGCCUCAUCUCUUCAGUACUCUCCGGUGCCUCGGCUGAUUUCUGUCUGCCUCACUACUCCACAAAAGUGAAGGGAGUUAACCCCGAAGGAGGACAAACUUCGGCCCUGGAGGAAGCAUCUCCCCUCGUGUCUCCCGACCACGGUCAGGGGACUGACGGCGAGGAAUGGUUAACACUGGCGACCACGAAGGGACCCUCUCACGUUGUUAAAGAAGUGGUGAGCACAGAGAAAAACCGACAGGCUAAAGCGGCUAACGAUAAAGCCGAGUGACUGUAAUUACAAGUGUAUUAGCCCGCAGCUAAGCUAACUCGCGAUGGCCGCUGCUCGCCAUUCUCGUGAAAAGUACGGACUUGAGACCAAUUACUCCAACCCCUUCAUAUCGCUGACCAGUGUCUCCGAGAGUGCCGCGAGCAUUAGGGAAGCUAACAGAGACAGAGCUGUGACUAAAUGUGAACAUAUGAACCCAUUCCUGUGUGCCGAAAGUUGUGCUAACACACACGCUAAUGGAGAGGGUGUAUUCGCGCCGCCCGAUGGUCCUGCCCGGCCGCAGUUUUCCCGCACGAAUCCCUUCGUUGAUGCUGAAUGCCGCAGCUACGGCCGUGAGAGAAACACAGGCAGCAGCAUGAACUAUUAUCCAGCUCCUACUCCCCAAAUGAAAAUCCACUAUCCAGACUCAAACCCAUUUUCCUCCGCUCACAUGGACAGUUUUGUACACAGCACACCGGCUCAGUUUAACGCAAUGUUAAAUACACCCAUGCAAUGUAUGCCUUCCAGUAGCCUUAAUGAAGCCAUUAGCUAUGGGGAAAUCACUGCACAGCAUAAACCCCGCUCGAAACCAGGCAAGACCCGCUGUGUGCCCCGUCAGCCCCCAUCUGACAGUGAAGAGGACGGUGACACUAGAGAGAGAGUCCCCACCCUACGUCCGGGCCAAUAUGACGGCACCACACCGUGGAAGGAAUUUCUGCACAGGUUUGAGAGCUGCGCUGAAGCCAACUAUUGGUCAGAAAAAACAAUGACAACUCAGCUUAAAUUCUGCCUAGUUGGAGCAGCAGGGGCCAUUAUCCACAGAAAUCCCCGCUCAUCCAAAUGGGAUUACCGCCGCCUGGUGGACGAACUGGAAACUGCAUAUGGCCCUUCUUCUGACCAUGCAGCUGCUGUUGCUGUAGAACUGAGGCAGCGAGUGCGUAAACCUGGUGAGGCCCUGCAUGUUUUCAGAGAUGACAUUUAUGGGAAAGUGGCUGUUGCAUAUGGUAAUAGAGCAGAGAUUGAACAAGACUCUAUAGCUGUUGAAGUUUUCACCAAUGGGCUGGGUGAUGCAGAAAUAGUACAGAAGUUGCUAGAGAGGCACCCAGCCACACUUGCCUGUGCAUACGAAAUAGCCCACCGACACGAAACCACUAAAAGGGCUGCAUCUUAUGUAACCAGUGCCAUGCAGCAAGGAGCCCGUAACGCAGCUGAACGCCGGCCCCGAGCUGCCGUCGUCAGAGAAAAAGACAGAGAUGAGACUGUUGCUGAGCAUGCACCUGCAGCUAGCCCCUCACCGAAUCGUUUUGUCCCACACACACCCUCGACAACACCGAACAAUCACAGAAAUUUUAAAAGGAGUGGGGUUCGCUGCCAUAACUGUCAAGGUUGGGGCCAUGUCCAAAAGCAGUGCCCUUCCCCUCACAAAACCACCAAGGCCUUAACAUUGAACAGUAGCC